AUAUAGCAUACUCAAUGGAGGAUAUCAUCCUAGGAUAUCAUUGAGUUUCCGACAAACUGAACAGACGCAAUUCUUGAAAUCUGCCAGCUUGAUUUUCGUUAGUGUAUAUUGGAAAUAAUUUUCUCCUACCGUAAAUCAUGGCAUGGGUCCCGUUAGAGUCGAAUCCAGAGGUCAUGACCAAGUUUCUACAUAAACUUGGAGUACCGAAGAACUGGGGCAUCGUUGAUGUUUAUGGAGUGGAUCCUGACUUGUUGGCUGUAAUACCUAGGCCAGUCCUUGCUCUUAUUCUCCUGUAUCCGAUUACAGACAAGUCAGAUAGGUUCAAAAAUGAUAGGGAGGCCAAGCUGAAAGAGGAUGGACAAAAAAUAUCUGAGGACAUAUAUUACAUGAAACAAUGUGUCUCUAAUGCUUGUGGCACCGUUGCACUUAUUCAUGGAGUAGCUAAUAACAGUGAUAAGAUUCAACUGGAAGAUGGGCAGCUAAAAUCAUUCUUGGAUAGCACCAAGGGACUUUCCCCCCUUGAGCGUGGCGAACUACUUGCUAAAUCAGAGGCUAUUAUUGAUACCCACAAAGAACUAGCUCAGGAAGGACAGACGGAGGCUCCUGGUGACGAUUCCCCAGUCAAUCAUCAUUUCAUAACAUUUGUCGAGAAGGAUGGAUCAUUGUACGAGUUAGAUGGAAGGCAGUCGAUCCCGGUUAAUCACGGAGCUUCGACCGCUGAUACAUUUUUGGAUGACGCAGUCCGCGUGUGCCGUGAAUACAUGGCCCGCGACCCUGAUGAAGUCCGUUUCACUAUGGUUGCUCUAGCUGCAAACGAAUAAGAAAACGAUAAGCUUCCGUGAAAUGUCGACGUGUAUGAAACACGUUAUUCUUGUUUAGGAUAUUGCAACACCUUAUGCGAUUCUUUAAGUACUUCACCAUGUUCUAUAAUCUGCUAUUGCCAUUUUCUGAUAUAUUUUGUAACGCUAUAAAAUUUGUUCAUGCUGUGA